AUGAAUACAAGAGGGAGACCCGCAAGGAGAGUAGGAGAAGAGGAUGUGAAUGAGGAAGUUCCUCCCCAAGUUGUGCAAAAUGGUCAAGGUGUGCAAUGCAAUCAAGUUCCUAUAGGUGAGCAAGAGAAUGAGGUUCCGGUGGUUCCCCCGGAUAUGACCAAUGAAGAGAUUAGGUCGGCUUUCUUAAUCUUGGCCCGAGCCAUGGCGGCUCAAGCGACUAGAGAUAUGGGGCCUAGGGUGAAUGCUAAUGAGGGUACUAUGGCUUCUAAGUUGAGAGACUUUGUGAGGAUGAAUCCUCCGGUGUUUCUAGGUUCUAAGGUGGGAGAGGAUCCCCAAGAAUUUUUGGAUGAAGUGUAUAAGGUAGUGAGUGCUAUGGGGGUGACUUCAAGAGAAAAGGCGGAGCUUGCCUCCUAUCAAUUGAAAGAUGUUGCCCAAAUUUGGUUCACUCAAUGGAAGGCUAAUAGGCCGGUGGGAGCGGAUCCUAUAGAAUGGGAGGAGUUUAAGGAAGCUUUCCUUGGUAGGUACUUUCCCCGUGAGAUGAGGGAGUGUAAGGUUGAGGAGUUUAUCAAUCUUCGGCAAGGUAAUAUGAGUGUGCAAGAGUAUUCCUUGAGGUUUACCCAAUUGUCUAAGUAUGCCCCAUCUUUGGUGUCAAACCCUAGGGAUGAGAUGAGUAGGUUUGUGACCGGCGUAUCCGACCUAGUCAAGGAAGAGUGCCAUACGGCAAUGCUCCAUAAUGACAUGAACAUUUCUAGGCUCAUAGUGUAUGCUCAAUCCAUUGAGGAGUCCAAACUUAAGAGGAUGAAUAGGAAUGUGAAGAGGGGUAGAUCCGAUGAGCAAAGUCAACCUAGGUUCAAGAAGAGGGCUCAAGAUCAAGAUUUUUCAAGUGCUCCUAAGGUUAACCAAGAUAAAGGUGGUGGAUCUCAAUUUUCUAAACCUACUUGCACCACUUGUGGCAAGAGGCACUAUGGGAAGUGCCUAGCCGGUACUAAUGGAUGCUAUGGUUGUGGGAAGAAUGAUCACAAGGUGAAAGAUUGUCCUACUUUUACGGCUAGAGGAAGGGAGGCAAAGCAAGCUUCUAAAGAUGGAACGGUUCCUAUUCCUCCAAAUUAUGGUCGUUUCUAUGCUCUCCAAGCUAGCAAGGACAAGGAAGCUAAUCCGAAUGAAGGCGCCGGUUCCGGCAAGUGAUCCCUCCUAGCUAGUUUGAAGUGUUGGAUUGCUUUCCUCCAAGA